GCGCAGUCGAGCGUGAGAUGCCGGACCACGCCGCGCGCGGCCAACCGAGCCAGCGCUUCCACCGCAACCGCUUCCGCCCGACGCCGUUCAUGGAGGUGAUCCAUUCGAGUACGCCACCAGCCACGGAUACCUUGGCCCGUCUCCAAACCGAAAGCGCUCGAAGGCGGCACUCGUUGCACGAAUACCGCCAGUUGGCCACCGCUCAGCCAACCGCGCAAGCCACAGGUGCCCAUACGACACCACCAUCGAGUGCAUCUGCAGCGCACAAUGUACCGAGCCACCCACGCCCUCGAGCUCAAUUGUACAUUGUCGACUGGGUACAAGACGCGCCCCUCGGUAUCACGUUUCACCGGCGUGCCGAUCAAGACACAGUGGUCAAGGGAUCGACCCACUCGAACGUGGCAGUGGGGGACUCCCUCGUGGCCAUCAACGCCACAUCCACGCUACAAAUGGACUACUUGGAGACGAUGGCUGCGCUUCGUCAAGUUCAAAAACCAGCUACACUCACGUUCUCCAGGCCCGUGGACGUUAUCUCCCAUUCUCAGCAUGCCGUCCGCACCAGUCCGAUCGGCGAGGCGGCGCCAGGUGAAGGGACAACAGAGCAGCUACUGAACGCUGAGCUUCGAAGCGCGCGAGUUCAGUCCGACGACAUGCACGAAUUUCUCUCGCAGUUUACGCAGCACACUCACGUCGACGACUCGGCCUUGUCCAAUACGUCGUCGAUCGGCUACACACACCUCUCGACUCCCACCAGCGCGUGCACGUUGGCAUAUUGCUUGUGCGCUAGCUGUCACAUCACCGGGAAUGCCUCAGCUACGACGCGUUUGACCGCGUCGGAGGUCAUGACGGACCACCUGAUCGAUGUGUUCGACGGUUUCGCGUCGACCGCGCUGUCCACGUCAUCUUCCUUCGUCAGCACAGUGUCAACAUUUGAUCGCGGCCGACACAGUGCAGCAUCGUCGCCACCGCCGUCUCCACCACGAGCGAUUCCGUUGCGCGUCCAUGGGAUUACAACUUGCCAAGAUGCUGGCACCAUGACCGACUUGGACGAGCCGUCUGCGCCAGACCUUCCUGACGUCGACGCGCCUGACACCGACCGUCUCGAGCGAGACACCGUCGUCGUUGUCACAAGCAUCCCCGCGGCGACACCCGUCAUGGCAGCGGAGAAGUCCCGACCAGGACAACCAACGGCGCCGCCCACCGAGCCAACUGGAGGUCCGCCGGUGGCUAGUCUUGGCCACUUCAUCCAUCACGUGUUGGCUAGUUUCACCGCCCCAAACAAACUGCGCUGCCAGUCAUCCUCGGUCCCCAUCUCUGCAGGACAACAUGCUUCCGCCCUGCCGGUCCCAACCCCUCGCACCCAGUCGUACACGGUGGAGUGGUCGUCGCCGCCACUUGGCCUUGUGCUCAAGCGCGUGCGCGAGUGUGUCGUCAUUGCUGAAGUCACGUCCGCCGCUGCCGAUACGUCGACCGAGUUUGCCGUCAACGACAAGCUCGUUGCUGUAAAUGGCAUCCGCGUUGCUGACGUCGGGUUUCACCACGCCGUGCAGUUGCUCCAAGCGCUGUCAAAACCCGUCGUGCUGUCGUUCCGGCGACCAGCCACGUGACGCGGUGCAAGAACAGUCGUAUUCGUUCAGGCGGCUUCCAGCCGUCGUUGCUCAGCACGUGCACACAAAACUCUAUGCGGAUUAACUUAGACGUCUUCGUCUUCGCCCGUUCGACGAAACACGAGAAACGUGGGCUUUCGCGCGAGCUGGAUCACAUGCAUCGCGGCGGUGAGCGACACGUUGGACAGUUGGACGUCUCCCGCAGACAUGAGGACGUCUCCAACUCGGAUAAUGGACGACUGGGCGGCGAGACCGUCUCCAGUCAGCCGCAUGACACAGUUCUCGUCGUCGCUGUUCUUGGUCACGGCGAUCCCGAGCGGCCCGCCCUCCCACACGAUCGAAUACACGGUCGAGUGCUUGCUCGACGACUUGAACCGCUUCGGCAUGUACACGCUGCCUCGUUGCGGAGUCGAUGGAUCCACGGGGAGAAAACCAUCCGAAACACUCGAGUUCAAUCCGCCACCGAGCGCGUUGUCGUAGCUGUUGGUCGACAUGUCCAACGUCGGCACGCUUGCGGAACUUGCGACGCUGUUGCGCGCCUGCUGCUCUCGACGCAAAAAUACGAGCGACACCGGCGUCUUGGCCUGCUUGAGAACGCGAGAAGUUUCUGCCAACGUGCUGUACUGGACGAUUGUGGUGCCGCACUGGACGAGCACGUCGCCAGGUUGGAUGAUGUCCGACUUGCCAGCCAACCCGCCGCCCGUUAGCGCUUUGACACAGAUUUCGUCUUGCUUGUUUCGCUUGAUCGCGAGGCCGAGGGGACCGCCCCGCCACAAAAUCGAGUAGAGUGUUUUGGGUUCGCUGAUGGAUGCGUCGUCCGGUGCGGAGUCUGAAAACGGGGUGGACAUCGCGAUAGGCGGCGGGGUCGGAGGCAUCGACACGGACGACAUUGACCGAGACGACAUCGAUCGCGACGACAUCGACAGAAUCGGGACGUCUUCCGGCGCGAUCGUCGAAUAGUCCUCUUGAAUGGAGUCAUCGUCGUCGUCUUCUUCGUCAAUGUCGACUUCGCCAUCGUCCAGCGAUACUGUGUCCAUGGAAGAUACCGGAGGUUGGGGGUCUACAACUGACAUAGUCACUUGAUUUGGCAAGAAAUCUGGCGUCAUCGAGCGAUUCGACAGGAACUCAGUCGACGACGACAACGACUCUGACGACGACUGGUAGUCGGACAAGUCCAAGCUGUCAAGGGACUCUGCGCUUUGGGACUUGGACAAUGCCGUGUCGUAGAGCGGGACCAUCGAUGAAGCGGCAGUCGGGGUUUGAUGGGUGGGAGUGCGGUUUUCCCUUGAAAUGUCCCAUUCAACCGAAGGAGAGAAGAGGCCAGAAGCAGUUGGCGGCGUGGGAAGCUCGAGUGGACUGGAGUCGUCCGCGGUAAAUCCACCACCAUCUUCUUCGAUGACUUCACCGUGCUGAAGGGACAUGUCGAUGCAAGUGAAGGAUUCGGGCCUUUGAUGAGUUGGGAAUUCAGUGUGGAGGCCAUCGUGGAGUGGAGACGCAGACUCGACGAAGACAGGGGCGACGUCUUCCUGCUGGAUGGUGAAAGUUUGAUCGGCCGAUGGAGGUCGCAGGUCCGGCAAGUCUGCAAUGCCGACUACUUGAUUGUCACUGGUGUGCCAAGUUGAAUAGGCAGGGGACUGACCCGAAAGAUCAAGAUUUGGAGGAGACGACGUUGGUCCAAAUGACUCGAACGGUGGAGAUUCAGGCGGAGUUGUUGGCUGUACGCUUGCCUCUACCGAUGUCUUGGAUGGACCAGCUAUCGGGUCCACGUACGAGUAGUACGGUUCCAUCAUCGACACUGAUGGAGGUGUUCCAGGGGGGGUUGCUGGCGCGAUCUUGGUAGACACUGGAACGGAGGUGGGAGAUGUAACCGGAGGACGUGAAGCUUGGGCUGCACUGACAGGUGGAGGCUCAGUAUAUUUGAAGAAUGGUUCCAGCAUUGACGUGGUUGGCGGGGUGCCAGGGGGCGUUGUUGGCUCGAGCGACCAAGCAGGUACACAAGCCACCUUCGGUGUGGAAGGAGCCGCUGUCGCUUGGAGCGGAGGAGUACUUGGGUGGCCAUGGGUCUCGACGGGGGACUCCACUGGUCCACUGGAGACUGAAUGCGGUGGAGGCACGACAUGUGUUGGCAUCGGUCGCGAUAUCACAAUCGAUGCAGCAUGAGCGGGGGAGAAUACCAGAGUCGACGUAAUGGGAUGCAGUGUAGGCGACGACGAAGUGGCUGAACUUAAUGGAGCCCGAGACACGAUUACGGAUGUUGCAAUCGGAGAUGCACAAGUCGGAGGCGUUGCUGAAGUUGAAGGGCCGAAGGAAACGUUUUCGACAGGCGAAAGGACCAGUUCUGAGGGUGCCGACGCGCUUGGGAAUUCAAAUGUGAGGGGUGGUGUUCCGGGGGGCGUUCCUGACGCUUUGUGGUGCACAGUCGGCGACCUUGAAGGUGACAGCACAGUCACACCAGGACCACUGGAUGCACGAAGCGACACUGUCAAUUGGUUGGACGGAGACAUGGGCAUCGACCCCCGGGCCAAACUAGAGUCUCGGGCAAACGACCAAGUGGGGGCAUCGACGGCGUUUGUAAGAUCGGUCGGAAAUGGCGGUGGCACUGGAGGCACGUGUUCAGCUGCCACCGACGUGUCCACUAAUGGGACUGUUGCAGGAGCCUGACAAACUUCCACGCCAGAAUCGACUACUUUCGUGAGACGACUCGCGCAUGAUUCUUCGACAUGGACGGCCUCAACGACUUGGUCGGCAGAGAAAUCGAUAUGCUGCGACCUGGUGGGUUCGGGCAAUGCUGGUGGGUUGAUGGACGAGCCAUGUGGCCUCGCUUUGCGCAAAAACGUCAGGACAGCAGGUUUUUGAAUGCACUUGAGGAAGUCCACGGUGCCAGCCAACCCCAACGGAGUCGUCGGGACGCCCAUCACUCCAAUCAGGAUGUCACCCACACCCAGCUCAGGGCGCUCCAGGGACAGUCCUUUGCCUGUAAGCUGCGCAAUAAAUAUCUCAAACUGGUCAUUCAUGCGGAGGGUGAUGCCGAGAGACCCACCGGCCCAAUCCACCGAAUACAUCUUGUCCUCGCUGUCAAUGCUCGCCGAGGCGGCCAUGGCAAGGGACUGCCUCGGUGAGUCUGGCGGCAGCGCAGCGUCCAAAUGGACUUCAGCGGGUUCAACGACAGUUGCAUGGAGCUGGGACGCAGCUGCCGACGAAGAGCGCUGUCGCCGCCGUCGAAAUCGCAACUUGAUUGGCUUUGGUUGUUUCAUGACCACGAGCGCUUCAGAAUAACCAAUCGUGCGCACCCGGAGAUCAUUGACGAAUAUCAAUUCAUCACCAGCUUGGAUUUGGGCAAGUUCUGGGUCAGUCGCAGCUUCGGUACGUUCGCGAACCACAGCUCGGCCUUCUGGGUCGCAAUGGACGCGUACACCAAGCUUCCCAUCGCGCCACAUCACUUCGUAUUCCCCUCGCGACUGCUUGGACGCUGUUUGGGUCGCGGCUGCACCUGUCGACGUGGUGGGUGGUUGACGCUUGAAGGUCAGAGUUAAGGGGAAGUCUCGUUCUUUCAGUCGCGUCACAACGUUGUCGUAGGGAGAGGAAGUUACGUCGUCCCAAUUGAUGGCGAUCAAGACGUCGCCGACGGAAGCCGCGUCCAAGUUGGCAGUCGUCUGUUGUUCGCCGGGGGUGAUUUUGCGAAUGACGGUCCGGUUCGACGACGCAUAUCGCAGCGAAAUCGCAAGCUUGCCGCGGUGCCAAAUGAGAUCGUACGUGUCGAUGGCAGGUGCAGAGGCUUGAGCCGCUGUUUUGGGCGGUAAGUACUUGGCUGCGACGCCGUCCGAGAUGAAAGAUUCAUUCGAGACAGGAUCUGUUGGCAGGGGGAGCACCACAACCGUCGAUUCCCUGCAGCGCUCGCCGCGUGAAACUGGGACGACGUGUUGCGAUGGAUGGGAGGUCACGUGUUGAAACACGAGUUCCACGGGCUUUUGAACUGACUUCAAGAAAUCCACAGUGCCGGUGAGACCCAGCGGUUUGGCCGGGACUCCCGUGAUCGACACCAGUACGUCGCCUUCAGACAUGAUGGCUUCAUGGAGUAAAGCCAGUCCUUUCUUCUUGAUCUCCUUGACGUAAAUGUCAUUCACGUCGUUCUUUUUCAGCACAAGGCCCAAUGGACCGUCUCGCCACACGACAGUGUACUUGUCUUUCUCUUGUGCUUCUGGCGGAACACGUCGCCGAUGUGACUUUCCUGAGCCUGGUCGGGGCUGAGACGGAUUCCGCGAUGGAGCGACUGCAGGUGGCUGCUCCUGUUUCGGUGCCACCACCUCUCGUCGAAAUCGCAGCAACACAGGCUUUUGGGCAAGUCGCAGUGCUGAGAUCGCAUCAUUGUAGCUGAUUUCACCCACGGCAAUGUCAUUGACAAAGAUGAGCUCGUCCAGCGGUUGGAUGGCGGCGACACCGGGGUCUGUGCUGGCCUCUUUGGCGUAUUCACGAACGACUGGGCGCCCCGCAGAGUCACAAGCGAUGACAACGCCGAGACGGCCAGAUGUCCACACGGCUUCAAAUUCAUUGGGCUGGAGCGGCGGCAUGCGACUCAUGGAGGGGGCACGCUUCAGUCGGGAGAUGGCAGGCUGCUGUGAAAAGCUCUGGAAGGUCAGAGUCAUGGGAAGCUCAGCACGAUUGAGGCGGCGCUGGACUUCUGAUGGUGUCAGUGCGCUGACAUCUUCCCAGUUGAGAGCGAUGAGCACGUCGCCCAGCGCAGCGGAAGCUAAACCAGCAGUCGUUUCCUUGGGCUGGUUCGUUUCGAUGUGUCGAAUUGCAAUCUGGUGUUUUGCAUUGAGCGAAAACUGCAGGGCGAGGUCCCCUUGAUGCCAAAUGAGAUCAUACUGACUUGUCGCGGGGGUUGGUUCUGGUUCUUGUAUAUCCACAGGAUGGCCUCGUUGUAUCUGUCGUUGAGGAUCUUGAGACGAAUUUCCGCGACGAGGGCGUCUACGGUCGUGGUCGGCGCCGGCGGCACUCAUGGACCCGUUGGACACGGCACGGCGGUCUGAGCUGCUUCCAGGAUGGCUGUUCCACGACCCAUUCGACUCGACUCGUCGAUCUGACAUCCCGCUAUUGUUCAAGGACCGAUCGGACCGCGAUGCCGCAUUGCUCCGGGCGUGUUGUCUGGUAUCGUUAGACGAUAUCGACCGCGUGUUGUCCGUGACGACACUAUUAGCCUUCUGGUUCUCUAGCAGGGACGAUCCCCCACCGCCGACGGGCUUCUUCUUGAUGGCCCGGUAGUUCUGCAUGGCCUGCCCACGUCAGUUCCUUCAAACCAGAUCAGUCGUGCG